AUGGAGCCCUCGUCCUCGCCCCUCUCUCCCUGCCCGUCGUGCGAUGCAGUCGUCAGACGGCGCGCGCGGGGGCCUCUCUCUCCUCGCAGGCAGAAGCAGGGCGUCGGGCAGCCUGGUUGUUAGCACAUGUGUUCCAGCCGCCUCGGAAGCAAGUGUUCUUUCCAAGCGCAUCACGAGCGGUGCAGGCAUCGGCAGAUGCCGGCGGCCGCAUUCCCGACAUGCCUUGCGUCGGCAGUCUCCGCUUCGCACUGGACGGAUUUUUCAGCUGGCACGAGGGGCUCCUGCGUUGGUUCGAGGCGCCACAGACAGAGUGGUGGUGAGCCCUUAGGUUGUUGGAGCAGUUCGCGUGCAGGCGGAUUCGCGAGUGCCUGUGCCCUGUCAGGUCAGCUCGCAUUCGCUGCCGGCAGGCUGUCGCUGGACGAACGGUAUGCUGAGGUGUCUCACGGAGGGGAGACACAGCGCCCGAGGAGAAGGGCGUGUGCUGGAAGCUCGACCGGGAGACCUUCAACGCGAUCGUGAAGGAGGCGGCGCAGAAGAAGCGGGAGCGCUACGACUCCUUCCUCGCCAAGGUGCCGUUGUUGCAGAGCAUGGACGCGUACGAGCGGUCACAGCUCGCGGACGCCCUCCGCAGCGAGAGCUUCAACGAGGGCCAGGUCAUCGUGAGCGAGGGGGAGGUGGGCCAGAAGUUCUACAUCAUCGAGGAGGGAGAUGCAGUGGCCGCCAAGAGCGGCGUGCAGGUGAUGUCCUACGGCAUCGGCGACUACUUCGGCGAGCUCGCGCUCAUCCGAAACCAGCCCCGCGCCGCCACGGUGACCUGCAAGACCGUCGCCAAGAUCUUGAGCAUAGACAAAGCGAGCUUCAACCGCCUGCUCAAGGUCAGCGACCUCCUGGAGCGCUCCGCCAAGUACAGCUGAGCAGGCCGCGCGCGAGGACGCCGCGCGAGGCUGGCCCCGGAUGCGGCCGCAGAGGAGCAGGAGGAGAGCCGCGCCGCCCGAUCGCGAACGCGGGAGCUGUCCAGCGCCGGAGGCGCCCGGUGGAGCCCGCCAGCCCGUGACUUGCCGCUCGGCCGGGCCAGCCCGCCGCGCUGCCCCCAUCCCAGAGCGCCGCCCCGCAGACGGCGCCCGUGCACCACCGCCACGCCCCCGGGCGGCGCGCCUCGGGCGGCCACCGCAGAUCCUGGCGGCUGCUUCUCUGAGCUGAGAGUCGCAGAGUGCGUGCGACAUUUUCCCAAACGAUGGGCAGACCCUACGUCACUCAUACGUGUAAGGUGGAGCGAUCGUGGAUCAAAUGCGCUUCUGUCGUGUGAUUGAGAGUUGUCUGAUUGAGUAGGCAAAGCUUCCGGAGGUCGCGCGGGAGGCCCUGGCGUAUGAGCACAAGCUCCCUUCGGCCAGCGCACCAGUGUUCUAAUUGCAUACGGGUGACGUUUUCACAUUUUUCUAUCCGGGCCAUGCGCGUUCUGCACGCAGAUCUCGGACUGUCUCAAGUGAUUCGUCGCCCAGUCGAAUUGAAAAAGAAGGCUCUUGCAUCCUUAUCGCGCGUCCUUCUUACAGGGGUUAUUUCAGCGGCCCUUCCCCAGACAUGCGACGUUUUGACGUUUUCAAUGCACG